CCGCUCCCGCUGGCUGCCAUGUCCGCCCAGGCGCAGAUGCGGGCCCUGCUGGACCAGCUCAUGGGCACUGCCCGGGACGGUUCAGUGUAUCUUUGCCUGCCUACAUCAAUCUGCAAGGGAGUUGCAGAAAAGCCUCAUGUUCAUCGAGCCGUGAGUCACAACCAAUUUCUAAGCUGUUAUAACAAAAAAGUGUUUGCUUUUUUUUCACAAAUAACUUUAAAAGUGUAGUUUAGAAAGAAAACAUUUUCAAUAAAAAGACACUACAUUAAUCCUGGAUGCUUGCAAAUCCUAAAAUAUAUUCCUCCUUUAGUAUUACACAGCUCUGUGUCAUAUACACAGAUUAGCUUUAAAAUUUGUCACAUUCCACUUUGCCUUUAUUUUUAUGUAUCAUUCCCCUGACUUCCUUACUGCAGGUUGGGCAAGAAAACUUUUCCUUUAAAACUUUUCAACAGCGGGCAUAAAAUUCUGCAGCUGAGGUCUUGAAGAAUGCAGAUGGGUACAGAGACGAAACCAGACAGAGGGUCAAGUUUACAGAUGACCGUGUCUGCAAGAGUCACCUUCUGGACUGCUGCCCCCAUGACAUCCUGGCUGGGACGCGCAUGGAUUUAGGAGAAUGUACCAAAAUCCACGACUUGGCCCUCCGAGCAGAUUAUGAGAUUGCAAGUAAAGAAAGAGACCUGUUUUUUGAAUUGGAUGCGAUGGAUCACUUGGAGUCCUUUAUCGCUGAGUGUGAUCGGAGAACUGAGCUUGCCAAGAAGCGGCUGGCAGAGACGCAGGAGGAAAUCAGUGCAGAAGUUUCUGCAAAGGCGGAAAAAGUACAUGAGUUGAACGAAGAAAUAGGAAAACUUCUUGCUAAAGCUGAGCAGCUGGGAGCAGAAGGAAAUGUGGAUGAAUCCCAAAAGAUCCUUAUGGAAGUGGAGAAAGUCCGUGCAAAGAAAAAAGAGGCUGAGGAAGAAUACAGAAAUUCCAUGCCUGCAUCCAGUUUUCAACAGCAGAAGCUGCGUGUCUGUGAGGUCUGUUCAGCCUACCUUGGUCUCCAUGACAAUGACCGUCGUCUUGCAGACCACUUCGGGGGCAAGUUACACUUAGGGUUCAUUCAGAUCCGUGAGAAGCUUGAUCAGUUGAGGAAAACUGUGGCUGAAAAGCAAGAGAAGAGAAAUCAGGAUCGACUGAGGAGGAGAGAGGAAAGGGAGCGGGAGGAGCGGCUGAGCAGGAGGUCUGGAUCAAGAACCAGAGAUCGCAGGAGGUCGCGUUCCCGGGACCGGCGUCGGAGGUGGUCAAGAUCUACCUCCAGAGAGCGGCGAAAGUCUUCCCGGUCCCGGUCCCGAGACAGACACCGGCGCCACCGAAGCCGCUCCCGGAGCCACAGCCGGGGCCACCGCCGGGCAUCCAGGGACCGGAGUUCAAAAUACAAGUUCUCCAGAGAGCGGGCCUCGAGGGAGGAGUCCUGGGAGCGCGGGCGGAAUGAGCGGGGGUCCACCGACUGGAGGCUGGAGAGUGCCAACGGGAAGGCCGCUUCUCGGAGGUCGGAGGAAAAGGAGGCCGGCGAGAUCUGAACCUACCCCAAGGAGCUGUAAAUAGUCCAAUGAACGUCUGACACAGCCUAACAUUACCUUUAUAUUUGCUGAAUACAACUCAUCUUUUGUAGUUUAACAUUUCUAUUGUUUUGGAGCUAGCUGUGAGUUCCUAGAGAUGUACAGAGUUGCCCCUGUGUUCUGGGAUAUGUUGAGUGGGAAUAAACAACCUGACAGACUGCC